UAUAAAAAUUAAUAGAGAAGAAACUAUUCAUUUCUUCACCAUUUGGAAACAACAACAACAACACAGCGAACCGAGAGAAAUAAAAAGUUGAAAAGAUGUCUCUAUUAAAGAAACAGUCCACUUCUGCAGAGAUCAGUGCCUACAGGGACCAACAUUUUAAGGGCAGUAGAACAGAACAAGAACGGAAGCUGAAGAUGAGCACCACCCUGUAUAUAGGAAACCUGUCCUUCUACACAACGGAGGAACAGAUUCAUGAGCUUUUUGGGCGCUGUGGUGACAUCAAACGAAUCAUUAUGGGGCUUGACAAGGUCCGCAAAACACCCUGCGGCUUUUGUUUUGUUGAAUAUUAUACUAGGACAGAUGCAGAAAUGGCAAUGCGAUACGUAAACGGUACACGGCUAGAUGACAGAAUUAUUAGAACAGACUGGGACGCUGGAUUUGUUGAGGGCAGACAGUAUGGUCGUGGAAAGUCCGGUGGACAGGUUCGAGAUGAAUACAGAACAGAUUUUGACGAGGGAAGAAUGGGCUAUGGGAAAAUUGUUUCCUCCAAAAUCAAAACUCGUGAAAGCAUAUGAUCCCAUUAAAAGAUAUCCUGGGAUCUCUAGUUUCAACAAACAAGAACUUGUGCUUCUCCCCCUAUUCUAGACUCUGCAUCUUCCUGGACACGACCUUGUGGAAUAGAUACAUUGUGCAUUGCGUUCUUUGUUUGUGUGUUUUUUUAUAUCAGAAUUUACCUUUAAUUGUCUCGUUGUACAAACAAUUGUUGUAAAACAAUGUAAUACCAUUAAUAGUUUGAUAGUUAGCAUUUGUGUUUGAUUAUUUUAAACAACAUACAUGUGUAUAUGUAGGAAGUUGUUAAUGAAAACAGAUGCGUGCCGUUAAAAAAGAGGGAGGGGGGCAUUGAGACUUCAUCCAAAACACUUAAAUAUAAACAUUUGUGUUUUUAUACCUAAAAUGUGUUAUCCACCAUUCCAACAGACUGAUAUGUUCAGGUUAGCAUGCAUAUGUAGAUUUGCAAUGUUUUUUUUAUUAAGGCAGUAAAAGUAUGAAUGACCUAAAAUAAUAUUGUAAUAGGUAAUAUGUUUGACCUAAUGGUUCAGAGCCCUGUCUUACAACAAAUUUAAGUUAUACCUGAAUAUUUGCUCAAAACAAAUAUACAAUAAUAUCAGUAUAAUCCUAAAAUAGAGGACAUAUGAAAAAUGAAAAGGAACUCCAUAGAAUUACUGAAAUUAACUAUUCAUUGAAUUAGUGCAUAGCGAUUAUACUCAUUCACAAACUUAAAUGGUAACAUAAAUUUGUUGUGCAGGAUUUCAGGUUGAUUUUAGCCUCUGUUUAUAUGACGUGUUGUACAUAAUUAAAAUCUAUCAAUGUCAUUUUGUUGUACAUAUUAAAUUGUAGUUUUAAUGUUGUUCAAAGCCAUAUGUAUAAGAAUUGUAAAAAAUAACAAUUGAGUGUUUGUUAAUUUCCAAAGCUGUACACUGAUCAGUUUAUAUCUGAUUUGUUUAUCAGUAAUAUACUUUUUGAACUUUGUUGAGCUUACAAUCUUUGUUUUUUGGUCAAAUACCUUCGUUAAUUGCCAGUUAGUUUCAGUAAAGUAGUAGUUGUUUUGAUGUUUGAUGUAUUGUUUACAACAAAUGCUGCUGUUCUUUUCAUAUAAAAUUGUGUAGCAUUUUUAUUUCGACGAUAUACAGCUUCUGUUUUAUCCAUUUGCCAUCGUCUAACAUGCUUAAAAGUGAAAUUAUAGCAUAAGCUUUUGUAAAGUUAUUGUCAGAACAUACUUGAUGUAAGUUCGCCUGAACAGGCUAUGUUAGCCCAGGUGAGCUAUUGUGGCCAGUCAACUGAGAGUGUCACGUGUCAAGCUUGUACUAAAAAUAACUUUUCUGCAACGAGGUGGUGAACUUUAACAAAGCAUGACUGAAAUGUUUGUAGGGUUGCGCUGUUCUGUGCUUACCAUGACAUUUCUUGGUUAGCUAAGGUGAGCGUCAAAGAGCCAUCAUGGCCCUCUUUUCUUGUAGGACAGGAACAUACAUUUUGCAACUGUCCUUAACAUGUAAAGGUUAGAAGAAAUAAAGGAAAAACUCGUU